AUGUUUGAGCCCUUACGCAUAGAACGUGUACCGUCGCGCAUAAAGACGGAAUCCGCUUGUGUGGCUUUUGCGGUGAAUUCAGAUCCCCAUUCUGGGUCUUCCUCCUGGGGCAGCUCCACCGUCACAAGCACGAUAGACCUCAUCUUUCACAAGGCUGGGAACGAGCUGCUGGAGUUGCCUGUGCCUGGUGCACGUGAGAAGAAAAAGACGCCCCACUUUUUUCGCCUUUCUUGCCCCGAUGCAUCACAUUUGAGCUGUUUCCCCAUCUCUCCAGAACAUACACUGACCUCCUCAUUCAGCGAAUGCAGCGUUUUAGAUGCAGCGUGUAAGAACAGUGCCGGUGUCGUUGCGCAGCGGCUGCCGACUAUUGCACUGUUGCUUCGCACAGGGGAUGCGGAAACGAGCUUGCUUGUUCUUCGGCCAACGGUUCAUGUGGGGCGAAAGGGAGCCGUUAUUCGCUACAGCGCGGCGCUCCACACCACACCCGAUGAUGUGCGGCAUGUCGUGAUGAGUCGAGGUGGAGAAGUCGUCUUUCUUAUUGGCUCACAUGCAACGGAGCAUGGCGGUGCGGUGCAGUGCUACACGCUUUGCCUCUUCGGCGAGGGGUCGCAGGCGCGAUUUCGAUCGCUACCCCUUGCUGCUCCAGCUGCGGCUGUUGCAGGCGGGCGCCAGCGUGUGGUGUGGGCCGCCGCACGGAGGCCGCUGCGUUGUGCCGCUGGCUGCCUUAACGCUGCGGGCGCGGAGCUGACGGUUCUUACCGAUCAUGCGGUGAUGCUUGUUUUCCACGUAGGCAUCGAUGGCGCGAAGAGUCCCCACGCGGCGUGCAUCUGCGCCUCACACCUUGGUCAACGCGAGUUGCGCCCCAACACACGUGAGCCGCUGGGCGUCGUCGAGCGGUGGAGGACAACGGCGCCGUUUGCGCUUGCCGUGGAUGCCGCACACGAUACACCGACACCUGCGUGGGACAACACGUCGUUUCUGCUGCAAUGCUCCUCGGUCGGUGGACCGAUUGUGCGUACGAGCCCUAAUGGUGCUGUUCUCUGCGUGAUUCUGCCGAAGACACAUGAAGCGUUUCUGGUCGGGAUUGGCUCAAAUAUCAACACCUGCACCGCUGUGCCUGCGGCUGCUGUUCCGGUCGCCAUGCCGUCGAAUGUGAGUAUCCGCGAUGCCAUAUGGGUUAAUGGUCCGGUGUCUGGGUUCCUGCUGCUCGGCGUCACCGAUCCUUGCGGCUCGACAGGGCUCUACUUUCUUCCGCUUGGUGGGCAUGCAGUGACGCGUGUCCAUGUUGAACGGGGACAUCUCGCGUGCCUCAACGUGGAGAACGGGGCUCUCUCGUUCUUUUCGCAGGGGGCAGUGCAGGACGUCUUUGGCGCCCCCCGACUGCGUCUCUCAAUGCGUUAUCUCCGCUGCUGCCGUGAGAGGGAGAAUGAGAAGACGGUGUUCGAGGAGGUGAGAACGGGGCUUCUGUCACUGCCGACGAUUUCGUCCCUGAUGCCGCUUUGCCGCCCAUUGGAGGUUCUGCAUUUUGUGCGCCAUGUCGGGUUGGCGUCAUUUGUUUCAGUCCCUCCUGCUGCUGCAGCAGCCAACGUGGAAAACAAGGCGGUUCGCAGGAUUCCGUCCCUUCUGAACGCUGAUGACAACGACGACAAGAAAAAUCUCCAGUUGGCUACGGAGGUGGAGCUGGAGGCGCGCCUUGAUCCUUGGCUUCGGGCUGGGGCAGCAGGCGUGGGGUUUCCUUUGCGAGAUGCUGUGCAUGAAAUCGUUCUGAAGUUAGUGGAACACAUGCAGUGUGGCCUUUCUGUCAGUGAAAUCGGUGACAACAGUGCUGUUGCGUCGCUACUGGCCGUCUUUCAGGGUGUGGCAGAUACAUUCGCGGCGGUUGAAGUGAUGUCUUCUGUGACUCUAUUGCGGCACAACCUCUCGGAGAUACACGGGCUGUUGGUGGCGUUGCGGCAUGCGCUGACGUUGAUGGGCCAACGCGGUGCGAUAUCUGCGUGCUACACGGCAGCGACGUACUUCACACGGCUAUGCGGUACCAAUAUGAGCAAAACUGUUGCUACGGUCGCUGGUAGUGGUGGUGGUGAAUCGUGCUGCCCCGAGUGGCGAACUAUCAUUGCGCCCUUCAUUGAUGAUGCGUUUGCGCUUGUUGUGACGUGUCCGUCUCUGGCGGACGCUCUGCUUCCGUACUGCAGUGCGCCGCUCCGGCACAUGAUGACCGCUGCGGAGCAUGUGGCGCAGCGCGAACGCCGAAAGAAGCAGAGUACUGUUGUCCCAUUCCUUACAACGGACCACAACGGCGAAGUGGUGCGCCCUCUAGAGGAAGUCUUGUCGCUUGCGCGUAAGGGUGCUUCAGGGCUGGCAAUGCUCUCGGUAGCAGAUGUUUGCUGGACAGCGCACCGCCUGUUCUUCCGUGAAGGUGUGGAGGCCACUCGUUCUUUUCUUGGUACGCUUGUGGACAACCACCAGCGCUCCCACGCGGAUGUGCAGAGCCUCUGUGCAGAGUACAGCGCGGUAAACAGUGAAGUUGCUCCAGUCUUACACUGCAUCUAG